AUGAACUUGAAACUCGCUACUCAAGACGAAGGCGUUUCCGCGCUUCUCGCAUUUGUGUUUUCCGGCGCGAUUGGGUCACCCGAGGGAAAAGGGGUAAGCUAUGCCCUAGCUGAAGCUACGGCAACCUCCUUCUCCUGGGUCGCGGCGUUAGAAGACAUGGAUGGGCCCCCCGUCCCUAUCGAUCGGUACCUCAUCACGUUCAACAGGCUACACAGGGAGAUCCUUGCCCCAAAACCCAUCGUGCUCUCGAAUAGAGAACUUGCAGAUGCUGUGCUCGCAGCAACAGGCCAACAUUUGGCCUCAUCAGCCCGGUUCACAGACGGCGCGCUGAGCAUCUCGUACAAAAUCACUGUCCAAGAGCACUCAGACAUCGCGUACAUACUUCAGCUGUGCCACCAUGGCCGGGUCGCCUCCAUGGACUCACUAAUAAGGCUGAUCUCGACGACGGCUAGCCCUCAGAUCUUGCUGGUGCCGGCGGUAUAUCCAAUCCCCGGUGAGAUGGAGCGACAAGAAAUGUCUGGGAUGGGCAGGCAAAUCACGCAAUUCAUCCCAGGGGUCAUCGCCUCAUCAGUCUACCCGCAGUUGUCGCACAAGGAAAAGCUCGUCUUUCUUCCAAGGCCUUGUCUCAUCGGCGAGGUGAAUGCCUCUCAGGCCGAGGACGGCAAAAUCACUCUUCAGAUCGGACCGGAUCGGCACCACGGGCUGGGCGGCCCCUUCAGUUCCGUACGCGAGUAUCUUGGAGCGUACAUCAGGUCCUCGCUCGACGCCCUCAAAAAGCAACAAGGGAUCGAAGAAUACAAAGCCCAGUUUCUCAACCGCACCGAGGCCUUUCUCAACACCCGUCUCGACACCGCCAUCCCCAGCAUCGUGGAAGACAUCCCCGUCGUAGCAACCCACGCAGACAUGGGCCCGCACAACGUCAUUCUAUCAUCGACUGGGAGUUUUGUGUCCAGCGCGCCCUACGCCUCGCAGCAUCGCAUCAUCGAAAUGCUGUUUCGCAAACCUGCCGACAACGGCUUCGGCGCGGAAUACGAGGGCGCGUCCGAGCUCCGGGCGGCGUUCUGGGGUGCGAUUCCGGAUUGGGAACGGUGGAACCAGAGCGAGGCGACGCGGGUGUUUCUGGAGUGGUUCAGGUUUGGCCUUUUCAUGAAACCGGAGUGGAGGCCGAGUGAUUUGACUGGGGAGGAGAAAGGUGAUUUUUGGCGAGAGAAUAUCCGGGCUGUUGAGGAUAUCCUGACCAAGUAUUCGAUCGGUGAUGGAGCUCAGCGGAGUGACUGA